AUAAACUCUCUCACACACAACUCAAAAAUCACUUCACUCCUGAAAAUCCUCCCCUCACAAUUGGAGGGAAACUUUCCCGCCAAAUAAAUAAAAAAAAUCUAAACACUAAUUUUGAUUUUUGGUUUUUGAGUUUAUAAUUGGAGAUCUGAAAUGGAAGUCGAUCGUACGGAGGUGAUAUCCGUACGAUCGGCAGUUAAGUAUUCCGAACACGUGAUCCGUACCACAAGUAACAGAUCCGUGAUCAAACGAAAGUCGGUACGGAUCAGUUUAACCGAUCCGUACGCGACUGAUUCUUCGUCUGAAGAAGACGAAGAAAAUAUGAUAGUCAAAAGAGUUAAAAAACACGUCGCGGUGAUCGAUUUCACCGCGCCGUCGAGUAAAUUUACAAACCGUGACAUACGAUCUACGACGACGAAUAGGUUUAGAGGCGUUCGCCGGCGGCCGUGGGGACGGUUUGCGGCGGAGAUCAGAGAUCCGCAUCGGCGGAAACGUGUUUGGUUAGGAACCUUUGAUACGCCGGAAGAAGCGGCGACGGUUUACGAUAACGCCGCCGUGAGACUGAAAGGUCCGGCGGCUGUAACGAACUUUCCACGUGCAACGGUUACGAAAACAGUUACUGUUGAUAGUCAAAAUAGUAGUGGAAGUGAAGGAAUAUCAAGUAACGGCGGUAUGUCACCGACGUCUGUGCUUAACGGUGGUGACGUGGAGUUAACGACGCCGUUUGACGUUUUUAACGAUUUGCCGUUUGAUUUGCCGGAUUUUAUAGUGUCGGAGAGUUAUUGUGGUCAGGAAUUUGGCGACUUUAAUAUCGAAGACUUUUUUGUUGACUUGUGAGAAGAAAAAUCAUUUAAAUUAUUAUAUUUAUAGUUAUUAUUAUAUUAUAUUUAUAUUGCAUAUAAAUUGUAUUGUAUUAGGGGUGUACGUACGGAUGAGAGUGUAUUAUAGAGUGAGUUGAAUAUUUGUAUAUUGCAAAAAUGCAAAUUUUGUGAAUGUUGUCUGAGAAUGCGAGACAUUUUGUUGGAAAUUUAAUCGUAAUUUUUGUGUUUAAA